AAAUUCACCAUUUGCAUCUGGGACACGAGUUUAAAUGGAGUUUGUACCAUAGACUGGUUUGUACUGACCUUAGAAGUUUAUGGGAAAGUGAUGUAAAAUAAAAACUAUAUUGGGCAAUGGUGCUCGGCCAUUGACUUGUUUGGGUUUUAUGCUCAUAAUACGCAUGCGUACUAAGUGCACGCGGUGACAUCUGUCGUCACGGCAACGGUUUGUUGAUAAGUGAGGUUAAGUGGUCUGAGUAGAUACAACAGAUUACAAAAUGAAACUCAAGCGGUUCUAUCUAAGAUAUUAUCCACCAGGUAUAAUCUUGGAGUAUGAGAAGAGGGGAUAUUUGCGGUCGAAAUCUAUCGACCUUUUUGAUUUGACUCCAGAAACAAAUCCAGAUGAGUUGGUGGAGGAAAUCAGGCAGUCAGAGCCUCUUGUUACAGAGUCCCGGGCUGAUCAGGUCAAACAGCUGAUCCUUCGACUGCAGCAGAAACAAGGCCAGAAGAACCACAGGUUCUGUUUCUUCAAGGAGCUUAAGGCACACGUCCUUCCACUGACGAAUGUUGCCUUUGAUAAAUCGGGCUCCAGGUUUAUAACUGGGAGCUAUGACAGGACGUGUCGAGUUUGGGACACAGCCUCAGGCACAGAGCUGCACACGCUAGAGGGUCAUAAAAAUGUGGUGUAUGCCAUUGCAUUCAACAACCCCUAUGGGGACAAGAUUGCUACCGGCUCUUUUGACAAGACGUGCAAACUGUGGUGCGCUGAGACGGGCAUAUGUUUCCAUACCUUCCGCGGACACAUGGCUGAAAUAGUGUGCCUGGCGUUCAGCCCCCAGAGUACCCUGGUGGCCACAGGCAGCAUGGAUUGUACUGCCAAGCUGUGGGAUGUCGAGACUGGAGAGGAGGUGGCCGCUCUAUGUGGUCACACUGCAGAGGUCAUCUCUCUCUGUUUUAACACAGUUGGAAAUCAAAUUGUCACUGGCUCCUUUGACCAUACUGUGUCUAUAUGGGAUGUUGCUUCCGGAAGACGUGUCCACACUCUGAUUGGUCACAGGGGGGAAAUCAGCAAUGUUCAAUUCAACUGGGAUUGCACCCUCAUAGUCACAGGCUCCAUGGACAAAACCUGCAAGUUGUGGGAGGCAGUCAGUGGGAAGUGUGUCACCACUCUCGUUGAACACAAAGAAGAAGUGCUAGAUGUGUGUUUUGAUUUAAGUGGCCAGCUCAUUGCUACUGCCUCUGCCGAUGGUACAGCGCGAGUGUUCAGUGCAGCCACACAUCAGUGUCUCGUCAGCCUAGUGGGCCAUGACGGAGAGAUAUCCAAGAUCUGUUUCAGCCCACAGGGCAGCAGGGUCCUGACUGCCAGCUCAGACAAGACAGCUCGUCUGUGGGAUGUUCAGUCUGGGAGCUCCCUACAAGUCCUUGACGGCCACACCGAUGAGAUCUUCUCCUGUGUCUUCAACUAUGAGGGUGAUACUAUCAUUACAGGAAGUAAGGAUAACACAUGCCGGAUCUGGUACUGAUCCUUCCCUCGACCAUUUAAAGGGAACCUGCCUCUAAAUGCCUCGACACAGAGAGCAAUUUGUGUUUCCGCGUGUGUGACCUGCUGUAUAUCUGUUCGACUUGUGGAUGACUGAUUGAAAAACCCUCCGCCUCAUUGAGCUGCAAGUCUGGUAAACGUCAUCUGUAAAAGGUUAGAGGGUUGUUCCCAAUCCUUGUGGAUAAAUUACAUUUUACAGUA